UUGAGCGUGCAUAAUGGAACCUGCUCAUGACGCGGCGCUCCCAACCGAUUCUUCUUCGAUGCUUCCGGAAGUGUGAAAGUUCAUUUCUUUUCAACGUCAUUUUUGUUCCGCUCAAGUCAAACACGUGGACUUGCUUUCCAGAGAGGUCCGAAGAACCCGUGAAAGGUCCACACGGGCACGCUUGAAAGAAAUAUUCAUUUAGAGCAACUUGGAUUAAAUUUCAGUUUGAUCUGCAAAUAUUAAACUGGAUACCUCAGCACUACAGACUGCUAUGAGGGGCUCAAGCCCAGGUUCAGGAGCAGGAACAUAGACCAGACGGACAGACAGACGGACACGGCUGACCUGACGCACGCAGACGGAACGACGGCCGGACGGUCUGAUGCCAAGCGUCUCCACUGUCAAUCUCACGGCACCGCUCCUCCUCCUGUUGCUAUGGGCGACGCAGCCCGCCAUGGCAACCAACUGGCUCUCCCUGGCGAGGCUGCCUCGCUCCAGGCCCGUGUCCGGUGCUGCCCCAUGUGCACGGCUGAGGGGGCUGACCCCCGGGCAGGUGGGGGUGUGCAGGGCACGGGGGGAGGUCAUGGAGUCUGUACGCAAGGCUGCAGAGAUGGUCAUAGAGGAGUGUCAGCAUCAAUUCAGGAACCGCCGUUGGAACUGUUCCACCACCCCCCGAGGAAUCAAUGUUUUUGGCAGAGUCAUGAAUCAAGGCACCCGCGAGGCAGCCUUCGUGCACGCUUUGUCCUCGGCGGCCGUAGCGGUGGCCGUGACCCGGGCGUGUACGCGCGGGGAACUGGAGAGGUGUGGCUGUGACCGGAAGGUCAGAGGGGUGAGCCCCGAGGGCUUCCAGUGGUCAGGCUGCAGUGACAACCUCUCCUACGGCGUCGCCUUUUCCCAAACUUUUGUAGAUGAACCGGAACGAGCCCGGGGCCUGUCGGCCGGCCGACCGCUGAUGAACCUUCACAACAACGAGGCUGGUCGAAAGGCCAUCCUUCACAACAUGCAGGUGGAGUGCAAGUGUCACGGCGUGUCUGGCUCCUGCGAGCUGAGGACUUGCUGGAAAGUCAUGCCGCCAUUCCGGCGCGUCGGAAUCGUGCUCAAGGAACGCUUCGACGGAGCCACAGAGGUCCGUUUGACUCGCAUCGGAUCCAGGACCGCUCUGCUCCCUCGCGACCCCCAGGUGAAACCCCCCGCUGCCAGAGACUUGGUGUACCUCGCACCGUCCCCAGACUUCUGCCACCUGGACCCUGACAACGGCAUCCCUGGGACCGCAGGCAGGAGAUGCAAUGGAACGUCACGGUUGGCACCGGACGGCUGCGAGCUGGUGUGCUGUGGGCCGGGUUACAGAGCGGGCCGUGCCGAAGUGGUUCAGCGCUGCUCCUGCAAGUUCUCCUGGUGCUGCUCGGUCCGCUGCCAGCAGUGCAAGAACACUGUCACCAUUCACACCUGCAAAAUUUGAAGCCAUCCCUACUGCCCCCUGAUCAUCGUUCCGAUUAAAAUAAACCUAACACCUUAGAAGAGAGACCCCCAAUCACAGACCAGACACUCCUCAACCACGGGAUGAGGAUAGGACUAUUUCACCACCAAUGACACAUUUAUCUCUUAACUUUUUACAACGAAGCAGUGAGGCCGCUCUGAAUUCUCGCGUUCAAGUCGGCCCUCAAGCCUAAUUAAAGCCCAAACUGGGUUACCAAACAUCGUUACUCAUUACGCGUUUAUAAUACUGAAAACGACAAGCACAGACGUGCAUGCACGUUGGCGCAUUUAUUUGAUAUCCUGGACAUUCAUGUACGACUUUUCUGCCAGCACUAGUAACGCAAUAGUUGGACAAGUCAGCGUUCGGGGACAAUGGCCGUCUUAGUAAUGAUUUCUCUUUCUUUCACUACCAUAUAACUGCACACUAGGAAGACAACCUUGGCAUUCUAGUACAAAAACUAAAUGACGACAUGCUACUAACGCUACAAGGGUCUCAAACUUCUAUUCACAUCUAGCUCUUCAUUCGUAGUACGAGAACCAUGACAUGCAGUUUUGCCUUACAUGUAGUUAUCCUGCAAGUAUAGCAAAGUUGCCAGAAAAAGAAAAAAAAAGUCCUACCAGUGACGACAAAGCGUAUACAGUACAAGUCUUCACAAUGAUAUGAAAUACAUGUUCACUUUAUUAUAACGGCCCAAAAAAGCACCAUCUAAUCAUCUCCUACUGAACCGACAAGGCUUUCAAAGCUGACUGUAAGCGGCACUAACGGAAACGUUACAGCACUUAGUUGCAUUCACUGUGUUCACGUCCUUUCCGUCGCCAUUUAUUUAUUGCACAGUGGAGACCUCGCUGCACUUUGGCCUCCAGCAGACACGUUUAAAACUUCUACUGACAUUGGUCUCCGUCUGUCUUGCAUUUCGCUCCCUCGCCUUGCAUGGGUCGAGCUUGUGCGCGCACUCGCAGCGCUUUUAGCUUUGCUUGUGUCGUCUAAUAAAAAGCAGUAGUUUU